AUGUUUGAAAAUCUCGAUGUGAACGAUGAAGAUGUUGGGAACCAAUCUACUUCUGGCGAAAUGGUCCAAAAAAGAUACUCAUCACAAGAGGCGUUUGUCAAGACCGAACUCCCGGAUAAGAUGAAUCAACAGAUCCAUAAAGCCUAUAUCAACGGGCAAAUUGAGGAAUGCAAAAUGCUGAUUAUGGUAAGAGUUUUCUUGCAAACUUUUAAAAGCUUGCUUUGUUGUAUAGAAUUGACCGUAAAAAAAAGUUGAACAACUCCUUAUUGUUAGUAAUUGUUCCUCAUCGUAUUUUACAAAGUCAUUUGUUUUUUUUGGAGAUAGUAACAAUACGGAAUAGUAUUUUUAUCUUUUAGGAGCUGUUAAUGAAGAGUAAUCCGGCAGUUUGCGAAUAUGCUUUACUGAUUCGAGCUUUAAUUGCACGAGAAGAAGGGGAGAUCAAGGAAUCAUUGGAGUGGCUUCAAAAAGUCGUCGAGAUCAAUCCACAUUCUCUGAAGUAAGUCUUCAAACUUCUUUAAAAUCAAUAUUUUUCCAUUAUCAUCACAAAAAUUAUUCCUGAAAAUAAUUUCUGGCCAAGAUUCGCUUGCAUAAAGCUUGUUCCUUCAUGUAAAAGUAUUUUUGAAAAACUGCAUGCUACUAAAGUACUGUUUUAUUGCGUUUGAAUGAAACAAUUUUCUCAAUGAGAUCAUCUAAUCCCCACUUUCAGACUGCUCUACGAACUCGGUCGAAGUCACUUGUUGUUGGGCGACCACGAAAAAGCAAUUAUGGCCUUCGACAAGGGCAUUCGAUUGGAUCCCAAUGACUGGGUGGGCGGGUUGUUAAUUAAACUGAUUAAAAGUUUAGAAAUUCUAUUACUGGAAAGCCACUUGUCUCUAUUACGUCACGAAAAGCGAACGGGAAGCAAUUGAGAAGGUAAAGAUAAAUGAUAUAAUAUAUUUCAAGUUUACUGUGACAUAUUGUAAUAGUAAGAAUUUCUAAAAUUACUUUUUCAGGCUCAAGAAUGCCUUACACAAUUUCCCAAGGCUCACAAAAGCGUGGAUAUGUUAAUGCUGAUGGCUAAAAUUUGUAUUCAAAAGAACGAUCUGGUUCCCGCUAUUGAAGCGUACAAAUUGGCUCAGGAUGUAAGCUAAAGUGACAAAUUGUAAAACAGAGCCGUUAACUUUGUUUAGUUAGAGCCCGAAAACUUGGAGAUUAUUUCCCACCUUGGACUGCUAUACCUGAAGACCGGAAAUGAAGAAAAAGCCUUUUCAUGUCUUGGGAAGGCUCUAACGUACGAUCCCAAUCAUAUGCCGAGUUUGUUGGCGGCUGCCGCAAUUCUUCAAUCCAAUUCGGACUAUGAUGUGGCGUUGACUAAAUACAGGUAGUUAUUUUUUGCUUGUAUAACUAGAUAUCUUCACCGGACUACUCAAGCCUAUAUAUGUACAUAUGAACCAAAGGACGUUUAAUUUACAGAGAAGGUUUUGUUUUUUCAGCAUAUCUAUCAGUCUGUCGGGAAAAUCGUGAGCGCUCUGUUGCAUCGAAAAUUGCAUCGCGAGAAAAUGAGCUGUGUCGCGACAAAAUCAAAUUGCUUUUUUCUUCAGCGACGCUCACUGUUUUUCCGACAAACUGAUUAGACAUCCACAAAAAUUGUAAAAUUUCCUAUCACGCUGUGCGACAGAUUUGAACAUUAUGAACAGUAUUCCUCAAACUCUUUAUCUUAUUCUAUCGUUGCCGAAAAAUUGCCAUUACAUACACAUUUUGUAACAACCACUCCCAAUGAAACUUGUCAACGAUUAUUUCAGAGUAGCCACAACCUCUUGUGAUCACAACGGCUCGGUUUGGAACAAUAUCGGGAUGUGUUUUCAAGGAAAAGGAAAGCUGGUUGCGGCAAUCAGUUGCCUCAAAAGGGCCAACUAUUUGAACCCGUUGGAUUGGAAGAUUCUCUUUAACCUCAGCAUGGUAUAUUACUCUAUGAUGCAGUUUGCAUCGGCCUACCAUUUCAUGUCAUCAGCGUUAAACUUGAACCCGAAAAACAAAUUUUUAUUGAUGGGAUUGGCGAGUGAGUAAUUUGUGUUUCUAAAAACGCAUGUUACAGUAAUCUUGACCCGUCUUGAUGACCACCCCAAUGCCAGGAAAGCCUACACUCGAGCGUUGGCAAUGGACCCAAAAGAUUUUAUUAUUCGCCUAAACUUUGUGGUGUUCGAAUAUCGCCAUGGGACGCCAGAAGCGGCAGCCAUGUUGCUGAAGGAGCUUGGUCAACUUCCAAAUCAUCUAGACCAAUAUCAAGCGGGGGUAAACGGGAGUUUAUUUAUUGCUGACAUAAGCCAUUGCUUCUUAAAAUAGUAUAUAUGUAAUAAAGUUCUGUAUAUUUUAGGAACUCGUGUCGUUGGUGGAUCGUCUCAGAGCGUGUUUGAAGAAGAUCCCGGAGUCUGGAAUCUGA